AUGGCUGAAGCUGUGCUCUUCAGUAUCGCGGAGGAAUUAGUAAAGAAACUGGGCUCCGUAGCUGCUCAGGAGGUUGCUUUCUGGUGUGGUGUCAAAGAUCAGCUACGCAAGCUCGCGGCCACAGUUACCAGAAUUAAGGCUGUGCUGGAUGACGCUGCAGAGCAGGCAUGA